UCAUUGUUAAUUUUAAGCAUAUAAAUCGUGACAAUUUUGGUAAGCACGCGAUAAGAAUUGAACAACUUUUAUAAGCUAUCACCAUUAAAUCUUCUCGCAUACUGAGACAAUGAUCCGUGCAAUUAUCAUUAGCGCCGUCUGUGUUUUAAGCGUUUUGUCAAUGUCAACGACAAAAGCGCCACACCACCAACACCAUUCUAAACCAACUUCAGAACCUGCUGAGCACGAGGGUUACAAGUUUAUCUACGAGCCACAUGUGCACCAAAUGGUUGUGGUUACCGGACACGAUUGUUACGUCUUCUCUAUGUCAGACGCUGAACGAACAGCUGUGCACACAGAUGCUGGUAUGAGAGCAUUGGAGCUGAGACUGUUGAGUACCCUCAGUACGAACGCCGUUGUCACUGCCACAAAAGAAGACCUGGAUCCCAAAGCGGCACAUGCAUGCGGUCAUCAUAUUACCACCUUUUAUAAAGAAGCCACUCCUUGAUUAUUACGCUCAAUUAUAACAGGCUUAUUACAAUAUUAAAUACAAAAAUUUUA